UUUACUUUACUCUGUUUCUCUUCUCUCCUCCACAGAAGUCGUCUGUUGGAUCGUAGCCAUAACUAUUUCGCUCUCUCUCGAGAUCUCGAGUCUCCACACCCUUCAAACUCUCUCUUCCACAUUGUGCCACCUUCUCUUCAGUUUCUUCUUUUGUUUCGGUUUCAAGAACAGGAAAGAAAGCUGACAAAUUUAGCAACUCCGAAGCUCCGGCAGUAAUACCAGGGACCAUGGGUUGCGUCUCCUCCAACCUGCUGAGUCACGACGACGAGUUCUCUCCCCUCGGGACCUCCGCCCUCGGCCACCACAUUGUCUCUCUCACCUCCACCACCUACGGCCUCCUCACCCUCGACCCACCCACACCCUCCACCCCCGCCGCCGCCGCCGCCGCCGCCGCCACCACGCCGCCGACUCCUCCGCCGCGGUUUACCCUUGGAUCCAUCUUCCACUCCCCUCUCUCCGACCCCAAGUCCUUCCGGUCGGAAUCCAAGCCUCUGUGGUCCGACCCGACCCGCCCCGAGAUCAUCAACUCCUGGGAGCUCAUGUCCGGCCUAGACGCCGAAAGCUUCCGCUUUUCCCCUCUCCCCCCACCCAAAUUCAAAGGCCCUUUUGGCUUCGACAAAGAGAACUCGAACCCUAAUUCCGCUUCCCGCGUUAAUUCAUUUAAAUUUCAAAUUCACCCAUCCCCCGUUCUCAAGCUGCCACCACCGCCGCGAGAUGGCAGCCACAGUGAAGUUCCGAGUCUGUCUGCUGCUGUGCUAGCGGCGAAUCCCGCGAUCAACAGGUUUGAGUACCUCUGCCCUCCGAGGGGAGAGGACCGGGUUGUGAUCUACACCACCACUCUGCGAGGGGUGCGGAAGACGUUCGAGGACUGCAAUGCUGUGAGGGCGGCAGUCGAGGGGCUUGGUGUGGCGGUGUGUGAGCGGGAUGUGUCAAUGGACAGCGGGUUCAAGGAGGAGCUGAGGGAGCUGAUGAAGGGGCGGGCAAGGGUGGAGGUUGUGCCGCCGAGGGUCUUCGUGAGGGGUAGGUACUUGGGUGGGGCCGAGGAGGUGAUGAGGAUCGUCGAGGAGGGCGGUCUGGGGGAGCUGCUUGAGGGCUUGCCGAAGAGAAAGGCGGGCAUGUUGUGUGAAGGGUGCGGGGGCGUGCGGUUCUUGCCUUGUUUCCGGUGUAAUGGGAGUUGCAAAGUGUUGGUGAAUCUGGUGUUGGUGAAGGAGGAAGGUGAAGAUGGAGAGAAACCAGAGAGGGUUGUUGUGGUAAGGUGUUCUGAUUGCAAUGAGAAUGGGUUGGUCUUGUGCCCAAUCUGUAUCUAAUUUCUGUGAUGAUGGGAGUCUUGGACUAGGUGGUCUCUCACAGUUAUUGUCCUAAAUAACUUGCUAACUAUGAGAAAUGAAAAUGCUUAGCAUUUUGUUUACUUACAGUUAUUGCCCUAAAUAACUUACUAAAUAUGCGAAACGAAAAUGCUUAGCA